AUGCAUUCUCUACUACCUCUACUUGCCCUCCUAACCUGGCUUCCCGUCGCCUUCAUUGGUGCGACUCCCCUCGUCAUACCCUGGAACACAACGCACUCUUACGGUCCAGACGGUCCUUGGCCCGUGAUAACUGUCCAAGUCGGCAGCAACGACGCUGCAGGCACCCAGCCCGAGUCAACCGUCGACCUCCAUCCCGGUGGAGUAUGGGAAUCCAUGAUACUCAGGGAAUAUUUUUGCAAUAGCAACGGCACAAACUUCGGCGAUGGCACAAGUCAAUGCUUAGCAGAAAAAGCUGGUUUGUACCAGUGUGACGCUUCGAAGACCGCGCAGCACAAUAUCACAGAUGAAGUGGGCCUGGUUUGGCAGUGGAGCAGUAAUGUCGUGGAUAAUGUUGGUGGCGAGGCGGUGAACGUGUUGGAUACGAUGAUGAUUCCAACGCUGCAGGGUGCCUUUGCUGUUCACAACAGUACCAUCUCCGCCGUGAGUGCUUGGCAGAUCGAAAUGCCGGAUGGGACAUACUAUUCAGCACAAGUGGGAACCCUUUCAUUGGGGUCGCCAGGCACGGGCAUUCAGUCAUUCAGUGCCACUGCAAGCGGGCAGACGGUCCCAGGGUCCGCCUAUGCACAGGGUGCGGUUGCUAGUAACUCCUGGGGACUGCAUUAUGGAUCAGCGUCGCUCAGCCAGCAAGGCUCAUUGGUAUUCGGUGGGUACGACCAAAGCAGGGCCUUAGGGGAUAUAGGAAAAUUUGAGUUGGCUGCGAAUUCAGCAAUGAUGGCGAAUUUGCUUGAUGUUCAAAUUGGUGUUGAGAAUGGAUCGUCGCCGUUCAGUGAGGGCUCCUACACCGGCUUGCUGAGGCUGAACGCAAGUUUCAACGGGGUGCAGCCGGCCGUUAUCAACCCAAUCGUACCCUACUUGUUCAUGUCCCCGGAGACGUGCACUGCGGUCACUGAGAACCUGCCUGUAAUGUUCAAUUCGCAAGUUGGACUCUAUAUCUGGAACACGACGGACCCACAGUACGAGAAAAUCGUAAAGUCACCCGCAUACCUUGCAUUCGUUUUCCAGAACGCAGGAAACGGCAAUCUCACCAUCAAAGUACCCUUCCAAUUGCUAAAUCUCACACUGGAGGCGCCGAUAGUGACUCCGACUCAGCGAUACUUUCCAUGCCGGCCAUUCUAUGCCAAUGAUCACUCCGGCAAUUACUUCCUGGGUAAGGCGUUUCUGCAGGCUGCCUUCAUAGGCAUCAAUUGGCAAGUGGAGAAGUUUUUCUUGGCACAAGCUCCCGGACCGGGAGUUGGAGCGUCUAGAAUCAUACCUAUCGGCCCGAACGACACGCCGAUCAGUACUGAUCCUAUCGAAAAUUUUGCUGCAACCUGGGCAAGAGACUGGACGGCACUUUCCGAUAUCGACAAUAAUAGGACUACCACAACACUGCCGACUGGUGCCACUAACGGACAAAAAGGCACUCCGGGUACCGGCAAUAGCAAGAAUCUCACAGAAACUCCCACUGAUGCCACUAACGGACGAAAAGACAUUUCGGGUUCCGGAUUGCCGAGAAGAACCAGGGCUGGCAUAGCUGUAGGACUUGUUGUAGGCGCGUUGGCCAUUGCUGGUGCAGUAUGGCUGUUCUGCGUGCGCAGGCGCGGGGCAGCUGUGCCGCCACCGGAGACAUACGUGCCUCCGGUGCAAGGUAUCUGGGUUCACGAGAAGGGUGGAAGGGUUCACGAGAAGGAUGGAAGGGACGGAGGUCACGAAAUUGGCGAAGGUCUCUCCCAUGAGCUUGAUGCGAAUCACGAGAUCCAUGAGCUUGAUGCGAAUCACGAGAUCCAUGAGCUAGACGUUCGAGGAGGAAUGUAG